GGUGAGCGCGCGUUUCCGCCCGGAGAGGGCGGUGGUGGCGCGGCUCGGGCUCUCGUGGGUACUCACGGGGUUCCUGGGACUCGGGACUCCUUGGGGCACGAAAAUAUGACUGCCUGCGACGGAGAGCGCGCUCGCCUCCGCCGCUACGCGGAGCUACCUGUGUGGGUGGUGGAGGAGCAUCAGGAGGUUCUGCCUUUUAUAUACCGGGCCAUAGGCUCAAAGCAUCUUCCUGCCAAGGAUAUAAGUUUUUUACAUUUUGACUCCCAUCCAGACCUUCUCAUUCCUGUGAAUAUGCCAGCAGACACAGUGUUUGAUAAGGAAACACUCUUUGAAGAACUAAGUAUUGAAAACUGGAUUAUGCCUGCAGUUUAUGCUGGCCAUUUUUCCCACGUUGUAUGGCUUCAUCCCACAUGGGCUCAGCAAAUGAGAGAAGGAAAACACCACUUUUUAGUGGGCAAAGACACUUCUACUACAACAAUCAGGGUUACAAGUACUGAUCAUUACUUCCUCAGUGAUGGCCUCUAUGUACCUGAAGACCAGCUAGAGAACCAGAAGCCUUUAAGACUGGAUGUAAUCAUGAUGAAACCUAAUAAACUCUGUAGCAAACAAGAAGAAAAUGCUGCAGUGUGUUCUGCCAAGAAGCCAAAACUGGCACUGGAAGGUGCAGAAAACACUGCCUCUGGUACUUGCGACUCUUCUGCAGAUGGACUGGGAAAGGACCCAGGGACACAGAGAAGCUGCCAGUCUUGCCUGGAGCUGUCAUGUGUGUGUUCUGAAAGUCAGGCCUGCCAGAGUACCGUCAGCACUGGGGAAGUUCUGGAAAUUUUGGAGAAAGGAGAUGGAUUUGUUUUAGAUAUUGACUUAGAUUUUUUUUCCGUUAAGAAUCCCUUCAAAGAAAUGUUCACUCAGGAAGAAUACAAAAUCUUACAAGAGCUAUACAAUUUUAAAAGGCCUGGUGCCAACCUGUCAGAGGAAGAUUUGGUAGAUAUUGUUGAUACUCGAAUUCACCAAUUAGAAGACUUAGAGGCUACUUUUGCUGAUUUGUGUGAUGGUGAUAAUGAAGAAACAGUACAAAGAUGGGCUUCAAAUCCUGGAAUGGGAUCACUAGUUCCACUUGUACAGAGUUUAAAAAAACGAAUGGAAGUGCCUGACUAUGAAAUGGUAAAUAUUUUUAUAUUAAGUUAUGUAAAAUUGACCCAUUUUAUAUAAAGGCAGUUUUCUGAGUAGAAAACUUUGCUUUUGUAAAGAUGGUUUGUUUUAUUUGUAUUUCUCUGAAGUCUAAAUGAAUUCUUAAGAAAAAGCAUAAGUGAAAAACACAUACUUUUAGAAGCCAGAAUACGGUUAACUAUGACAUAUUUGAGUUCCAGCUUUCAAAACAAAAGUUGCAAAAUGACAGCCUGUGAGCGACUUGUAGCUUUCAAAUUUCUUUGGUAGUAAAACUGAAACACCACUCAUUUAAAAUUAAAACACAUAUGUAGAUACCAAUAGGUCGUCAUUAUACAUAAAGGAUACAUUAGAAAACAAUAGAUAAGCUAGGAGGAAAACUCCUGUAGCUCCUCAAAGCUUUGAAUAUAGUAUGGGUGCAUAUUUAAAAAGUAAAUAAAAUAAUAUGUUAAAAGAAAGGGUAGAAUAAGAAUAUUAUGUAAAAUUUGGCAUCAACAUUUUAGGAUCUAGGUGAAAUGGAUAAUUUGCCAGAAAAUGUGAAUUAAGAUUGACUUAAGUACAAGCAGAGGAACUAAGUAAAUCAACAGUCAUAAGAAUUUUAAAUUAUAGAAAUAGUUAAAGAAUUAUUCCUUAAAAAGGCAUUGGACCCAGACAGGUGUAUAGGCCAGUUUUUCCAAAUCUUCAGAGAGUGGGAAAUUUCUGUGACACAGAAACUAUUGAGAGGAGCAUGUAUUUGAAAAUGCCUUGCAGUUAGGAGGCCUGUGCAACUUCAAGGUACCAGGAUUUAAUUCCCAGCCCUGGCUCCCGACUCCAGCUCCCUGGCAAUACACACCUUAGGAGGCAGCAGUGAUGGCACAAGUAUUUGGGUUCCCACCACUGAUAGGACAGACUUGGAUUGUUUUCUUGGCUGCAGCUUUAGCAUCAGCCAUUGUAAACAUUUGGGCCAUUAACCAGCCCAUGAAAGUGCUCGUUCGCUCACGCGCUCUCUCUCUCUCGCUCUUCUUUGCAAAUAAAAAUUUUAAGGCCGGCGCCGCGGCUCACUAGGCUAAUCCUCCACCUAGCGGCGCCGGCACACCGGGUUCUAGUCCCGGUCGGGGCGCCGGAUUCUGUCCCGGCUGCCCCUCUUCCAGGCCAGCUCUCUGCUGUGGCCCGGGAGUGCAGUGGAGGAUGGCCCAGGUGCUUGGGCCCUGCACCCCAUGGGAGACCAGGAAAAGCACCUGGCUCCUGGCUCCUGCCAUCGGAUCAGCGCGGUGUGCCGGCCGCAGCGCGCCGGCCGCGGCGGCCAUUGGAGGGUGAACCAACGGCAAAGGAAGACCUUUCUCUCUGUCUCUCUCUCUCUCACUGUCCACUCUCCCUGUCAAAAAAAAAAAAAAAAAAAUGUCUCUAUAGAGUCCCAUGAUUCCUCUGGCGGGGGGAGGAGGGAGUAACUCACAUGAAGCGCCAUUCUUCUUAUGUUUUUAAGAAAUCAGAAAUCUUUUAAAAGCAUUAAGAGUGCCUUUAUUUGUUAAAGCUUAUAAAUUAAGCUUUUAAAUAUGACACUUUAAGAAAGAACAUAAAGAAAGCCAAAAAAAAGAAAAAAAAAAUGACACUUUAAAGUAGAUCUUUAUCCAUAUGUCUAUGCUUGUAUGUAUAUAUAUAUACGUACACUAAAUUAUCAGAUUAAUGUUGCACUUUAUAAUUUGUAUGUCUUAAUUGUUUAUAUUAACCUUAGAAAUAUCCCAGUCACCAGAGAAUCAAAUGAAUUUGUCAGAAAUAUUUAGAUCUGAAACACUUGUGCUAAGUAGUAGGCUAGAUAACUAAUUGCAAUUCCUUCUCUAAAGAUUCUUUGCCAUUCUUCUCAGUCCAUCCUAUCCUAAAGGGCUUUCCUUGCUCUAAUCUGGAAUCAGGAGACACUGAUCAAAUCAGUUCACAUCUUAAUCCAGCUGUAAUUGGCAGUGACAUUGUAACUGCCCCAGUGCGUCUCAAAUUAUAUUUGGUGAGUUCUAGAAAGACUCAAAAUCCAAGUUCCUGGCCCACCCUACCUUGCUGUUUUCUCCUUCAUACUACUGUGGAAACUGAUACCAACACCAGCACAUCCCCAUGUUUCAUAUUGGUCCAAGCUAUGGAUCCUCCACACUUGGGUAGUUAACAUUGUUUUUAGAAGUAGAAUGCAUUUAUGGAUUGGAAAACUUCUACCCUAGUCAUUGCUUACCCUAGCAUUUUACACAUAUAAAAAAAAUAAGAAAGAUACUCAGCCAAUGCCUCUAAGAUUAAAAAAAUCCUUACUCCCAGUGGCAUCUCUCUUUUGAGGAAACAGUAGUCUAGCACCUAAGCACUGAGACUCAUGCCUCAUGCUUUUGAACACAUCACCAACACUUAGCAGCUCUGUGACCUUGCAUAUGUUAAUCUUUGUUUCAGUUUCCUUUAAAGAAGUAGUGACUGUUUCUAUUUAAAAGAGUUGCUGAGAAAAUCAAAGAACAUAAUUCACAUAAAAUGCCUGACCUAGGGUAACAUUUUAGUAGCUUUCAACUUUUAUUAUUCUAAAACUCAACAUUCAUUUCUGUUUUAUGUUGACAUCAAUAUAGACAAGUUUUUCUUCACAGCGUAGUAUGAUUUUUCUCCUACUUAAGUGUAUUUUUCUCCUUUCUCUUGGCUCCAGGUCAAGUCUGGAUGAUUACUGUCCUUCUGAGCAAGUCGACGCCAUUCAAGAAAAGGUCCUCAGCAUGCUGCGCGCCCUCUAUGGCACUCUGAACGUCCACCUGCAGUACUCUGCAGGGUCCUCUCCGUCCUGAAACACAGCAGUGGGCUCCUCUUUCAUCUUGGUCUAGUGACAGGGUUUUCAUUAACUUACUUACAAAUUAGUCUUCCAGGGAAUAUUUUUUCUAUUAACUUGCAGUUGAAAUUUUUCAGAUAUUUUGAAUUUCCAAACAAAUAUCAGUUAUUGAAUGAAUGAUGGUGUAAUUUUUAGGCAGCAAGUCUACCAUGCCCAGUUGAUGGAACUAUGUAUCUUUCUUCCUCUCCAUCCAUCCUGUUGUUGUCUUUGUUUUUGUGAAUUUUAUUUUCCUUUUAACCCCCUGGGCCCACUGGACUGUUUGAGAUUCGCUCAUCUGUUCAUUCAUUUUCUCACUGAUAGUUACUGAGCACUUUACAUGUGGCAGCAUUAUUAAAUCCUGGGGGUGUGGUAAUGAACAGAAUAGACAAGGCCCCAAUCCUUUUGGGAGGGACAGAUGAAAAACUAUGGCUUCUGAGAAGUGUUAGGAAGAAAGAACAACCACAAACAUGUCUUAGCCAUGCUCUUAGGACUCAGGGUACCCUGGCCUUACAGGAAAGAACAUUCACAAAAGCUACUACCAGAAGAACCUUGCCACCCCAUGGAAAUGUUGCAGGAAGUCUCCCUUUCCAAGGCUGCUGGGAUUUGGCCUCCUGCCAGAUGCUUUUCAACAUUGUUAGUAUUGAAGAGGUCUGGUUGAGUAAACUUGACCAAACAAAAAUUAACCUUUGGAGCGGGGUUUUUGGCUAAUCAGAAAAGCCCUUUAGGUGAUCCUUGUGGGCGUCAGUUAGCAUUCUAGUCCCUAAGUACCACUAGAUUGGCUGCCUGGAUUGAUAAAUUGUUCAGUAAACCUACUUCUGAUGCAGAUAUUAAGAAAAAAAGUUAAACCUUUACUUCCGACCUGCAAUAGAUACACAGGGACAUAACUGUCUUCCACUAGCCUCCUUGUGCCUAACACUGUCUUCCGGAAUCACUCCAGAUCAUGAAACUUUCAUUUUUCUCCAUUUACUAAAGUCAUCCACUCUUAGAUAUCCCUUUUGUUCCAUAAUCGUUUUUUUUUUUUUUUAAUUCCAAAAUCUGGAAACCUUGGAAACAUUUCUAGUCUGAAGCAUUUCUUUUUUCUUUCUUUUUUUUUUAAGAUUUAUUUAUUUAUUUGAAAAGCAGAGUUACAGAGUAUCAGAGAGAGAGAAAUCUUCCAUCCACUGGUUCACUCCCCAAAUGGCCACAACAGCAAGAACUGCACUGAUCCAAAGCCAGGAGCUUCCUCCGGUUUUCCCACGCGGGUGCAAGGGCCCAAGGACUUGGGCCAUCUUUUACUGCUUUCCCAGGCCAUAGCGGAGAGCUGAAUUGGAAGUGGAGCAGCCAGGUCUCAAACCGGCGCUGCAGGUGGUGGAUUUUACCCACAACACCACAGCACCAGUCCCUCCAUAAUCAUUUUUAACUACCUACUUGAUUUCUUUUCCUUUAAGAGACAGCAUUGCAUGAAAAAAGAAAACAAACACCAUCACUCCUCAGUCCUAACUCAGAGCUUUCAUUUUUGCAUGUAAUCGUCAGGCCUCAUCCACAUCCAUACCUACAGAGUUGCAUGUAACUAAAACCAAGAACAUAGUGCAUUGUCACUCAGUAGAUGGUACCAGACCCCACUUUUCCAAUGAUUCUGUUUUCCAGUUUCUUACCACCACGUUAGCUUCCAGAGUCUAAUACUGUGGAUGCUUAUUUGUAUUGUGAAAAGGAAAGCAAACUGAUUUAGCUUUCCAGCCAGUUUGGCUAAACAUUAUGUACCAAAAAGAUUUAUAUUCUCUGUAAAAAUCAGAGCUUUGCAACAUUGUGUUUAUUUAUAUUGAAAUUUUUCUGUUGGAAUUCUGCAAGUAGAUAUCACUUUUAUUUAUGAGUAAAUUAUUUUGUGCACUAAAAGAAAUUAAAAGGUAUGUUUUUGAAGUUUUAAAGAUGUUAAAUACAGCUAUGGUACUAAUUUAUUGUAUGUCAGUGUGUUGAUGGCAUUGAUUUUGAGUCUAGUUUACUGGUAUUAUGAUUCCCAUGAAUUCUGAUUGUUUUAACUCAGGUUAAAUAAAAGAGCAUCAGCUUUGUUUGUGGUAGCAAUCAGGUGUUGAAUGCUUAUGCUUUAAGACUGUAUCUGAGGAGUAAAAUUGAGUCUACUUACUGCAUAGAAACAGUUUAAUAAAUUACCUCUCUAUAUAUCCAAAUAGAAAGAUGCUUAUCAAGCUAUCCUUCAUUUGUGUUUUGAGUACCAGUGAGGGACAUGAAUAUUGUUUUGGGUUAUGUACAAAUACCAUUAAAGCUUGGGAUUUUAAGUUC